AUGUCCCGCCGCUCCAGCUUGCAAGCAUCCCAGCCGACUCCCUCGUCGACCCCACUUACAACGAGGGUCAUUAGGCUAGGUGUAGCCUUGUUGGAAAACCUCGACCAACAGCGCUACGCUAAACGAGCCCGCUGCUCUACCGUUCUUGCUGACGAGCCCGACAACUUGGACUCGAACUCACCCAUCUACGACUCCAUUCUUGCUUCCCAGGGAGCUGAAGGGAUUGUGAUAACGACAAACUUCUCACCGUCUGAGUUCAACCUCAUUUGGACAGAGGUGCGCCAGUACAUCUUCCGCCAGUGGAAUGUCGGCUCUGGACGAAAGUCGGCGGUAUCUGCUCGCGACCUGCUCUUGAUGCUGUUCACGUCGUUAAAGGACUGCGGUACUUGGGACGUCGUUGCGGCGGUAUUGAAGCAAAAGCCGACGACCUUCGAGAAGCGCGUCAUGUCCUUCCUGAGCAAGUCGCCAAUGCAGGUGCUUGCGGAGUCGGGGCAUCGGUUCAAAAACUCUCCCGCUGCUCGGUACGCCACGGACGUCACGUUCCAGCAAACGAAUAAGUUCUACAAGGGCAGCGUGUCGGACAAGACCAUCUUCCACGAGAACAUCAACUCUCACCUGGCCAGUCUGGCAAAGCGCACCGGUGAGACGACGCUCGAAGACUCGGAGCCUGGCAUGGAGCAAUGGGCCGUUCUAGCUGACAAAGGCUACCAAGGUAUUCAGCACAAUGUCCGGGCGGUGCUGCCAUUGAAGAAGCCGAUAGGUGGCAUACUCACCUUUGCCGAGCAAGCGAAGAAUGACCGUAUUGCCAGCGAUCGCGUCAUCGUUGAGAACUACUUUGGUCGGUUGAAAACACUCUGGGCCACAUGUAGCGAUACGUACCGUUGGAGCCGAAAGAGCUACGACAUUGUGUUCCAAGCGUGUUUGGCCCUGACCAACGUCCAAGUCCGUCUCCAUCCCCUGCGUGCAGAAGAUGGUGAUUCCAAUGCCCAGUACAUCAAUCGACUCAACGCAAUCGGCGCAAAGAUCAUCAAGACGAAGAGAGCCGCUGGGAAGGCCGACGCCGAACUUGGCUUUGACAAUGAAGAUGGAAACAGCAGUUUUAUCAUGUAA